CGUAAACAGCGGUACAAUUAGAAACAAAACAAUGACGAGAACCCAAUCUCCGCAAAUUCAGUUCAACCACCACCCACCCACCAUCAACAAGUGCAACCGUCGCCGCUCUCCAAUGCCAUCCUCCGCCGAACCGUUGAAGACCGUUCUGCGAGAGACCCAAUUCCAUUUCCUCAAUCACAACUAGUCGCUCCAAUGUUGUUUUCAAGUUUAAGGUUUAUUUCUUCUUUUAAUCCCACUUUCCUUUAUUCUUCGUUAUUAAAUCACUCAAAUUCACGUUCACCCUUACCGUUAUGAUUUUACUCUCACUUUAGAUCCAUUCCCAAUGGUUUUGUUGUUGAUAAUGCUGUUUUGUCGUUCAAUCGCAUGCGCCAAAUUCGUCAGACUCCAUCCAUUGUUGAAUUCAAUAAGAUCUUAACAUACCUUAUUAAGACUAAGAACCACUACCCCACUGUUCUUUCCCUUUCCACACAGAUGGAAUCCAAGGGAGUUAAGCCUGAUUUAUUUACUUUGAGCAUCUUGAUUAAUUGUUACUGCCACUUAGGUCAAAUGACUUUUGCCUUUUCUGUAUUUGCCAAGAUUCUUAAGAUGGGUUAUGAACCGAAUACCAUACCUUGACUACUCUUAUCAAAGGUUUGUGUCUUAAUGGUAAGGUCAAUGAAGCUCUUCUUUUUCACGACCACGUGCUUGCACUUGGAUUUCACUUGAAUCAUGUUACUUAUGGUAUCUUGAUCAAUGGAUUGUGUAAAAUGGGACAAACAAGAGCCGCCUUACAAGUGUUGAGACAAAUUGAAGGGAAAUUGGUCAACACCAAUGUGGUAAUGUAUAGCACAAUCAUUGAUGGUUUGUGUAAAGAUAAACUAGUAACUGAUGCCUAUGGUUUAUAUUCAGAAAUGAUUGUAAAGAGAAUUCCUCCCACUGUUGUCACUUUCAGUUCUCUAAUCUAUGGAUUUUGUAUUGUUGGUAAAUUCAAAGAUGCAUUUCGUUUGUUUAAUGAAAUGGUAAUGAAAAACAUCAACCCAGAUGCUUAUACUUUUAAUAUAUUGGUUGAUGCUCUUUGUAAGGAAGGAAAGAUCAAAGAAGCUAAAAAUGUGAUAGCUGUGAUGAUGAAAGAAGGUGUGGAACCUACUGUUGUUACAUAUAAUACAUUAAUGGAUGGGUAUUGCCUAGUUAAUGAAGUGGGUAAGGCCAAACAUGUGUUAAGUAUUAUAUCUCGAAUGAGAGUGGCACCUAAUUCUCGUAGCUAUAAUAUCAUGAUUAAUGGAUUCUGUAAGAUUAAAAUGGUCGACGAAGCCUUAUGUCUCUUUCAUGAAAUGUGUUGCAGAGGAAUUGCUCCUCAUAAGGUAACUUACAAUUCUCUCAUUGAUGGUUUGUGCAAAGCAGGGAGAAUCCCCUAUGCUUGGGAGCUUGUUGAUGAGAUGCAUAAUAAUUGUAUACCAGCCGACAUAGUCACUUACAAUUCUUUGAUAGAUGUUUUCUGCAAAAACCAACAUGUUGACAAGGCUAUUGCAUUAGUUAAGAAAAUUAAAGAACAUGGCAUUCAACCAAAUAUGUGCACAUACAAUAUACUUAUUGAUGGACUAUGCAAAGGAGGACAACUCAAGAAUGCACAAGAUGUUUUUCAGGAUCUUUUGAUUAAGGGUUAUAACGUAAAUGCUUGGACGUAUAAUAUUAUGAUCAAUGGACUUUGUAAAGAAGGCUUGUUUGAUGAAGCAGAGGUCUUGUUGUCAAAAAUGGAGGACAAUGGUAUCAUUCCUGAUGCUGUAACUUAUGAAACUAUCAUCCAGGCUCUCUUUCAUAAAGACGAGAACGAAAAGGCACAGAAACUUCUUCGUGAAAUGGUCAUUAAAGGUCUCCUAUAAUGGAAACACUAGGUACUGUCGAUCAACUUCAUUUACUUUUAAGGAUAUUUUCAUUCAUUGCUCAUUUUUAGUGAGUCAAAUCACAAACAAAUCUGAGAAGGUAGGAGCUUUGAUAGUUGAUGUUUUAUAUGAUUUAUUGAGUGUUUAAUUGAAGUAAUAAGUUUAUACAAGUCUUGUAUCUUGGCAAAAUUGGUACUUCACCAGUCCUAUAAUUGUGAUUUGCAUUACAGUCCAUUAAAUUCUACAAAUUCUUCAAUUAAAUUUGUUUGUAAGUCAAGGAGUUUUAUUUGUUUGCUGAAUGCCGAUGACUGUCUCAAUAUCUAUAGUGUUUAUAAAAAUACUUUAUAUAUCAAUAUAACAAGUUUGAAUCUAUCUUUUGUCUUACAACAGUAAAACACUUUGAAUCUAUCUUGUACCUUUAUGAUAGAAUCCCUCAAUACAAGCUCUUAGCAACAGGCUCAAAUUUGGAUAUUGUUUUCUUUCAUUGUUUUGAAUUUUGACUUUGCUCCUAUUUUUGGUUUGAGACGUUUAUUGCACUAGCACCAAAGUGAUCUUUAUCUUCCAAAUCAUACUAAAAAAUCAAAAUUACUAUGAAUAUCCGUCUCAGGAUGGGAAUCUAGUUCAGGUCUAGUGCAUGGUCCUGAUAUAUCAUCUUAUUACAUAUUUGUUUGUUCUCAAACGGACUGCUCCUGUCAGAAAAAAUGGACUGCUGCAAGUUCUGUUGUCGGAGUAUAUUUUAGGCCUUAAUCAACAUGGAUAUUAAUAAAGCCUAACGAAUCGUUUCUGCAACCACAAAGGAAAGGUGUUGUUUUAUUCAUUCUGUGUCUCUUUCUUGUUAUGUUGUUAUUAGUGUGGAUUUGUUUCAGUCUGUUAAUUGUUAGCCUCACCCGUCAAUUGAUGAGUUUAACAUGGUUUGGAUUCAACUGUAACUGCUUUGUUGAUUUAUUGAUCUGUUUUUGUAAUGUUUGCUUAUUCUGAAUCUCCCAUAUUAUUGUUGGUGUAGGUGUUGUUGUGUAUGCUUUUGAAGCGAUAUGAAUGU